AUGUGCAACGAUCCAAAGGCAGGUUAUGAAGAGGUUUCAAAAAAUCUCGUGAAGUAUUGUGAAGGACAUCCAAUGUCCCUUAAAGUUUUGGGUAGGUCUCUGCAUAAUCGCGAUGUAACAUAUUGGGAGGAGUACGUAGAAAUGCUGAAGAAAGAAAAUGGUCACCCUAUAGUUAAUGUAUUGAGAAUGAGCUUUGACUCUGUGCCAUUCAAAAAUGAUAAGGAGUUGUUUAAGCAUAUUGCUUGUUUCUUUGUUGGAAUGGAUAGAGAUGUUACUGAAACAAUAUUAAAGGCAUGUCUGUAA